AUGAAAUGUCGAUUGUGUAUUGGUAAAUAUCACUAUCAAUGUCUGAGUAUUGAAAAGCUUAAAUUUUCUACUCUUACGAUAGAAGAGACCCUGAACUGGAUAUGUCCUUCGUGUAGUAAUGUUACUCGUCGAACUCAGUCACACGACAGUACACCUGUGCGCGGAGGCCAGUUGGCACCAACUUGUGAUGAGACGUUGGGCAUGUCCUGUGAUAUGAUGCCGCCUGAAAGCAUUUCAAUUGUUGCCUAUUCUCACGAAGAGGUGUCGAAGCCCAACUCUAUUACUAAUACUAGCAAGGCAGUGAUAAUGGAAAAUAUAAGCGCUCUUUUUGAUCAGAAGCUCAACUAA